UUUUUAUUAAGAGUGUAGAUGUGGAGGAAAAGCAGUGAGGGUUGGGUAGGUAGCUGCAGGUCAUUGGGUUGGUGACUUGUAAGCUGAUUUAUGGAGAAGGGUUACAUCACUGGUUUGGCAUUGGCAUGACAGUGGAGAGUGAUACUGAGGUCAGGAAGAUAGGCACACAGCAAGUCUGCGUAACCACAACCCUGCUGUGGCAGGGCUAAACAUGGAAUCAGUUAACUCUAACCUGGUGGGGGGUAUGUACUGUAACACUUAUAGUCACACUGUGAUCGACACAUGAGCUAAUAUGCCAGCUAAGAUUUACCUCAGGGGUCACAGCUCUAGAACUAGACAGCCACAGCCUGCGCACUGUAGUUUUCAUCAAUGCCCCUUGUAAUCCUUAGAGACAGAAAGAAUGGGUUCUUUCACCAAUAUGUGACGUGUGUGUUUAGUGUGUCAGGAGACGGUGUGGGAGGCCUUCAAGAUCUUCUGGGAUCGCCUCCCAAACCAGGAAGAGUACCAGACCUGGAUGAGCCAAUGCCUGGACGGCACAGCCACCGCUCUGGCGAUGGGCAAAAACUUUAGCCAAUCAAAGGAGCACCUGGCCCUGGUUGAGAGUAGAAUGUUGCUGACAAGGUCAACAAGUGAGCCCAACAACUCAUGGCUACAUAUGUGCAGCACCUCAACUCCAGCCACAGAACAGGAGGCUCAAGGAGAGGUCAUCAUAGAAGGGGCAGAGGUGGAGCUUCCCACAGAACCCACCAAUGACAUAGAGGUGGAGCUUCCCACAGAACCCACCAAUGACAUAGAGAUGGAAGUGUUGGUGUGGCCUACUCGGGCCCAGUUGGAGCAGGUGGUUGAGCUGAGUAUCUUGCUGAAGGGAGAGAGGUACAGCGAUGCUCUAAGAGACACUGCCAGCUUCCAGUACCAGACACUCAACCAGCAGUUCAUUGACAAGAUAGAAGAUGCUCUGGGGGGACUGCCAGGCUUGAAGAGUGUGACUGUGCUGGAGUUCAGGUUGGAUGGCGUAGUGGUGGUCUAUGCGGUGACGGUGGAGGUGGAAGGGGAGGGGGUGAGCAGUGAGCAGUUGGACUACCUGACCCUGCAGUCCAACCUGGUGGAGAACUCCUACAGAGAGCUGAAGGAGAGGCCCACAGUGGUCUACAACAUCACUGACUUCAGGAACAACAUCACUGAGCCCCUGCUAAAUGACAACAUCAUCAGAGACAUAACCCUGGCCCGGGACCAUGACUUACUGCAACUAGAGAGUGUGUCCAGUGUUCCUGAGUCCAUCGAGUCCACGGCUGGAAUUACCAAGGAUGACUGCUUGGAGGAAAUCUUGGCUACUGAGAUGACCCCAGAUGCCUCUGAGGUUGAAGCUGAGGAUGUGGCGACGGGGGAGAAUGAUGUCAUCAUUCUGGAGGAGAGCGUGACCCUCCCCCCUGAGCCAGAGGUGACCAUCGAUGACACGGGGAUGGAGGAGGAGGGUCUGCUGUUGGGGAACACUGUGGCUAUAGAGAGCCCUCCCCCGGAGCUCCUCCCUGCAGACCCUGUCUCCCCCGAGCAGCCAGAGGGCACUACGCUCCCCAAGCCUCCUCUGGAGAUAGAGGCCUCUGGGUCAGGUGUUGAUAGACUUGAGGACCUGCCCUUCCAGCCCGAGGAAGAAGAAGAGACUUCCUCAGCUGCAGAAGAGGAACAUACCAUAGAAGAAGAGGUAGUUUUGGAAAAGGUGAUCAUAGAGGAAGAGAUCUUAACAGAGGAAGCAGAAUCGGAGGUCCCUGAGGAAGAGCAGGUAGAGGAGGAAGCAGUGGAGGUCCCUGAGGAAGAGGAGGUAAAGGAGGAAGCAAUGGAGGUCCCUGAGGAAGAGGAGGUAAAGGAGGAAGCAAUGGAGGCCCCUGAGGAAGAGGAGGUAGAGGAGGAAGUAGUGGAGGUCCCUGAGGAAGAGGUGGUAGAAGAGGAAGUAGUGGAGGUCCCUGAGGAAGAGGUGGUAGAGGAGGAAGCAGUGGAGGUUCCUGAGGAAGAGGAGGUAGAGGAGGAAGCAGUGGAGGUCCCUGAGGAAGAGGAGGAAGCAGUGGAGGUCCCUGAGGAAGAGGAAGAAGCAGUGGAGGUCUCUGAUGAAGAGGAGGUAGAGGAGGAAGUAGUGGAGGUCCCUGAGGAAGAGGAGGAAGCAGUGGAGGUCCCUGAGGAAGAGGAGGAAGCAGUGGAGGUCUCUGAGGAAGAGGAGGAAGCAGUGGAGGUCCCUGAGGAAGAGGAGGAAGCAGUGGAGGUCUCUGAGGAAGAGGAGGUAGAGGAGGAAGCAGUGGAAGUCCCUGAGGAAGAAGAGGUAGAGGAGGAAGUAGUGGAGGUCUCUGAUACUGCAGAGGUUCUAGAAGAAGCUGAACCCUCAGAAAACCUUGAGUAUUACAUCCGAGAGACAGAGACCAUAGAAGAGUUGGAGAAAGUGAACCCUGCCUUUGUCCCUGUGGAAACGAUGGAUAAUCCCGAGCCAGCGGAGAGUCUUAAUGUCCCCGAGAAUGCCAUGGAGACUGUACCCCCAGAUGAGCCUGAAGAAGAGGCUAACGAGGUGUUGGGUCAUCCAGAAAUAUCAGGAUAUGGAGAGGAAGUUAAGAGCUUAGAGGAGGGACCAAUCAUCGAGGAGCCAGUAACUGGAGAGGAUGCCUUGGAGGUGGAGGAAGAGGUGGCAAAAGAAGAAGUGGUGAUGGAACUUCUGGACAUGACUGAGACCUCGGUGGAGGACCUGGUAGAAGAUGAGGUUAUGUUGGUCGACGAGGCUGUUCCAGAGGCAGUUUACCCUAACACUCUUUCUGCAGAGAAGGAGUCGCCCUUCACCCAAGUCUCUGAUGCCAUAGUAGAAGAAGAGGCAACAGAGGCCACAGGCCUAGACACAGCCCCAGAACCGGAGGCAGAAGCAGAGGACCAGGGAGUCACCCCAGCUCUCACACCUGCCAAGUAUUUCCCUGGCCCAGACAUUUCGAUCACUCUGGAGCUGCAGACGAUCGACCCUGUGACAGACUAUGACCUGGUCUCCUUCGGUGGCACCAACCAAACAGAGGAGGGAAGCAGCGGGUACCCCUCUGGAGGGGUACAUGGUGUGGACCACAGCGUUGCCAUGCCAAUCAACCCUGGGCGGGCGCUGAUGGUGUUCUUCAGUCUGAGGGUAACCAACAUGAAGUUCUCAGAUGACCUCUUCAAUAAGAGCUCCCCGGAAUACAAGGCCCUGGAACAAAGGUUCAUAGAGCUGCUGCUCCCCUACCUCCAGUCCAACCUUAGUAACUUCCAGAACCUGGAGAUCCUGAACUUCCGGAACGGGAGUAUUGUGGUCAACAGCCGGAUGAAGUUCGGGAAGCCGGUGCCUCGCGGCGUCAACAACGCAGUCUACCUGAUCCUGGAAGACUUCGCUAACACAGCCUACAAGACCAUGAACCUGGCCAUCGACAAGUACUCACUGGACGUAGAGUCAGGUGACCAGGCGAACCAGUGUAAGUUCCAGGCGUGUAAUGAGUUUGCACAGUGUUCUGUGAACCGCUGGUCUGGCGAGGCGGAGUGUGUGUGUAACGCUGGAUACUUCAGUGUGGACGGACUGCCCUGUCAGAGCAUCUGUGACCUACAGACAGACUUCUGUAUGAAUGACGGGAAGUGUGACAUCAUACCUGGACAGGGGGCCAUCUGCAGAUGUCGUGUAGGGGAGAACUGGUGGUACCGUGGAGAACACUGUGAGGAGUACGUGUCAGAACCACUAGUGGUCGGCAUAGCGAUUGCCUCCGUAGCCGGUUUCCUAUUGGUGGCUUCCGGUGUGAUCUUCUUCCUGGCGAGGACACUACGGGAUCAGUACGAUAAGGAUGAGACAGAAGACCCCUUACGGCGAGGGGAGAGUAUCCCGUCUCUAGAGAGGGCCACUAAGUACAACCCCAUGUAUGAGAGUGAGGCUACGACGGGCUAUAGCCACUACUACCGCCGCUACCCAGAAGCCCCGGUCUACAGCAGCGCCAGCGCUGAGGCCUCCACAGACUUCAGCAGUGAGGAGAUACGCCACAUCUACGAGAACAGCGAACUGACCAAGGAGGAAAUCCAGGACAGGAUCCGCAUCAUCGAGCUCUACGCGAAGGACCGGCAGUUUGCAGACUUUGUGCGGCAGCAUCAAACUGCCCUGGAUACACGCAGAGAGAGCGCUCUUGAUACACGCAGAGAGAGCGUGUCCACGUAGACCUGUACGGGACUCUCAGCUGUAUGCCUUGAAAAACGGGGUGCCCUAUUCUCUUGUCCCGCCCUUCUUCCUCUUUUCUCAGUGUCUUCUCUCGAUUGGGUGAGCUCUGCUGGAAUGGGUGUGGUGGCUGGGGGCAGAUCCGCUGCUCAUUGGAUGUCUUCCUUUUGGGGGAAGACCCGCCUCCCUCCAUUUGGAAUCAUAUUUGUUGCCUGAAAUGAUGACAUACAAAAUGCAAUGCUGUCUAGGAUACCUGUUCUUCAGGUAGCAGAUAAGACAUGAUAAAGUCUUUAUUUUGCAUUUAACAUCAUAUCUCAGCUCAUAGGGGUUGAGGAAAGUGUGAAUGUUGGAUGUGUACUUUAAUGUGUCAUUGUCACUGUAUCUGCUGUUGUACAUAUUAUGUAUGAACUAGAGCCAGUUCUCAAAGUAAUGGUUUAUACCAGGGGUGCAUAACUCAGGCCUUCAGGUAACUCAGGCCUUCAGGUAACUCAGGCCUUCAGGUAACACAGGUCCUCUGCAGGGACUAAAACCAGCCGAUAUUGUUGCCCUCUGGACCAGAGCUGUGUGCCCUUGUUCUAUACACAGCUGUAGGUUGUGGGAGAUUGAGAGCAGCUGACUGGCCAGUGUCUGUGCUGUCCUUGGUGCUAUGGGGCCUGUCUCUGUUGUCUGGGUUUCCGGGCAGUAGUAAGCCUGGGUAGUGUUCUCCUGAAGUUGGGGAGAAACUUGCUUGAUGCACUUUGUUGGCAAAUCUCAAGUCUCAGCCAUGUAUGGCACUGGUGAGAAGUAGUGCACUUUAUUUCAGGAAAAGUGGAAAAUGUAGGGUAAAUCUUCCAUUUUAAUUCUGCUGCAAUAAAUUCCCUUCUUUCUCUCCCUUUCUCUCUCACUCUACAUCAGGAAUCAGUUUGUUUUCGGUAGAAAUAAAAUGUUACGAGAGGGAGGGAGAUGGCGAGCGCGAUUAGAGAGAGACAGGGAGAGAGGGGAGAGAUCGAGAGGAAAGAGGGGAGAGAGAGAGGGAAAAGAGGGGAGAGAGGGGAGAGGAGAGAGAGAGAGGGAAAAGAGGGGAGAGGGAGCACAGAGAGAGAAAUAUUUUGCCCGAGGACCAAAAUAUAAAAGAAAACACAUUUAGAAUGGAAACAAUCUUCAAGGGAAAAGAAAGCAAACCAAAGAUUUGAUCAGGCUGUCUUUUUUCAGAUAUAAUGCCAUAGAAAACAUUCAAAAAAGAGCAUUAAAUGUAAAUGGCUACACAACAUGUGCUCUGUGGAGAAGCAAACUCUUAGCUGCAGCUUUUACUUCAAUUGAAUUCACCAGCAAUGUGAAAAGGUCCAUUCUGGAACCACUAGUUUGACCAUUAUCCAUGACUUUCAACCUGUUAGCAUUUCACAUCGAGAGGAGUGGUUUCCAUGUUGUUCCUUUGGUACUUUCAUCUGUUCCUCCACGGGGUCACUUGCUUGACCCUUAUGUCCAGAGUGAAUCCUCAAAGUUGCAACUCUUCACGCUAUAGAUUGACUUUAUCACGUUUGUUUUGAAUGUGAAUAGUCAUAGGUCAUAAGAAUAUACAGAACGAAUCUCAAAUGGCAACCUAUUCCCUAUAUAGUGCACCACUUGCCUGAAGUAGUGCACCAUAUAAGGUAAAAGGUCCAAUUUGGGACGUAGCCACAGAAAUCUAGGAGAUAUUUAAUGUUUUAUGUUCAUGUUUUCCUGUCCUCUUCUCUCAGUCCUCUGUAUGUCUCCCCGUAAGUGAAAACACAGGUUAUUCUGGUAAAGCAUGCUCUUACCUUCCACUUAUGACAAAGGCAUGCCUUUGCAAUCUGUGUGUGCAUUUUUAUAUACAUUUUUUGGUGUGCAUAAAGUGCAGUACUUGCAGUUUUGUCAAUGUUUAUUCUUAAAAAAUUUAGAUUAAAACAAAGCAAUGAUUAAAAAUACA